GGCGUCCUCGAGGUCGCCUAUUGGCUCUCUCCGAUUUGCCAGCCGUUCUCGCUGUCCCAGCGGUUUCCAUCCGCCUGCCGCUAUCCUGAACUCCGAAUAUGAGCAACACCACAAGUGUGCAGGCACCCUGACCCUCACUCGACAUCGCAGGGGGCGACGUUUAAAACUUUCUUCAGAGUGUUGAAGUGGCAUUCAGUACCUGGUGGGGAUGAUCAGGAAAGAAACCAACCGAUCUUACCAGGAGCUGAGUGAAGAAGCAGAAAGGGUUGCUGCUACUGAGCGCGAGCUACUAGACAAUUUGGAAGAGCUCGAUUCAGUGUGUGAGGACGGCAGCACUCGGCCAGCUGAGGAUGAUGAAGGAGGGAGCAGCAACCCUUCAUUACGAUUCAGUAAAGCAUGUCUGAAGAAUGUCUUCUCGGUGAUCCUUAUCUUCAUCUAUUUGCUCCUGAUGGCAGUCGCUGUGUUUCUAGCCUAUCAGACAAUCACGGACUUCAUGGAUAAACUCAAGCAUCCUGUAAUGUCCGUAACCUACAAAGAGGUUGACAGAUUUGAUGCUCCAGGGAUUGCUCUUUAUCUUGGUAAGGCCGAACCCCUAAGCUGUAAACAUCACUAUCAUGAUCACAUUCCUCCUCUGGAGAACCCAGGACAGCAGGGUGCGGUCGAAUGCCACACGGAACAAAUCAACUACACGGACCCCUUCACUAAUCACACCACGAAGCAAGCGUUGAUUGUCCGUGGACCUCGGGAAGUUAGGAAAAGGGAGCUGAUUUUUCUACAGUUUCUGCAAAACAAAACCGAAGAAGACUUCAGUGCUAUUAGCUACUUGCUCUUCUCAUCCUUCCAGGACUUUCUGUUAAGCCAAGAUAAAGCUCAGUUUAUGAAGAACUGUGAAAGCUCCUACUCCAUUUGGACUUUCUCUGGUGGAUUUCGAACCUGGGUGAAGAUGUCCUUGGUGAAGACGAUGGAGAAGGACGGCAGUAAGUCGGUCGAGUUUAGACAAGAGUCCAGCGUUGUAAAGUACAACGACAGAAGACCGGAAUUAGAAAAAACGGAUCAGCUGUUUUUUGUGGUUUUUGAGUGGAAGGAUCCCUUCAUCCAGGAAGUACAAGACAUCAUCACCGCGAAUGCUUGGAACACCAUCGCCAUUCUCUGUGGGGUCUUCCUGGCUUUAUUUAAGGCGGCCGACUUUGCAAAGCUAAGCAUAAAGUGGAUGAUCAAAGUCCGAAAGAGACAACUUAAACGCAGGACGCAGGAGAUGAAUCAUAUCGGCUGAAGAUGGGCCGGGAGUUUGUCUUCUCCAUUUCAAAGCCACGUGACGCUGAGCACUGCGUCGUCCUCUUCAGCAUAAGCUAAUGGGAAUCAAACCUCGAGACUGGUUUUAACAGGGGGUGCUGACAUUUGGUUUUAACUCAUAGAUGUUCAGUAACGUUACGUUUUAAGUUUUAUUUUCCUGAUUUUAAUCCAGUAGUUCAGUUCCCGAGUUCAUGCCCUGGACGAGUGUGGAGGAGAUGAGGGAGACGUAGAUUUGACUUUGCACAUUUCCUUCAGGCAGAACGUACAGAAUGAGAUAUGGAGACUCCUAAAAACAGGAGGGGGCAGAGGUCACCACGGGGGGGCUGCCAUGAUCACCGCUGGGCAUCGUGAAUUUGAUAACGCCGAUUACUCACACAAGUAGAAGCACUCGAGUUUAUUUUGCUUUUGUUUAAUAAGUUUAAGCGGAGGGACGAGAUCUCCGUCUCUGCAGGUGCAGAUUGAAUUUCAAGUAGUGGAUGAAAGGAAAAUGAAAGGGCAGAUGGGUAGAAGUCGAGGCAGUCAGUGCCGCGGCUUUGUGACUCGAUUAGGGAGGCAAACGAUUAACUCUGAAGCUUUGAGGCAAACGCUUCUGAAAACGCCUCGAGUUGUCGUGUGCCUAGUGGAGAUGCCGUGACCAUUUAAUGCGCAUUUCAGUUGUACUGACCUGUGGGUGUUUGUGGGUAAAAAUGCAAACGACCAGCUAUGGCGUCUUUCAUUCACACGAGAGGGCUGCAGAGAACAGGAAUACAUUUAAUCGUAGGUGGCUGCGUUUUAUGAGUCCACAAACGAAGGGCCCAUUUCUAUCCACUCCUGAUUUUAAGGCCUUAACAGUUUGACGAGCUGCACUGAACUAAUCCUUAGCUACCUCACCUUUACAUUUGGAAGUUCUCAAGCAUUUGUACAAUAAAUGUAACCAUG